CUCCCCAGCGGCGGAGAGCCGAAGGGAUUCGACCCGCAUUCUCAUUUUUCACUUUAGUCCGUGCAGUUCUCGUGUGGUUGGUCAGGGAGAGGCGGGUUGGGAGGGGCCUCCCCUGAUGCAGUAAAAGCCUCUGACAGCAGCAGCAGCCAAAGCAAGAGCAAGAGCAAGCAGAGAGCUCCCAGUUUUUGCUGCAGUCUGCUGAUCGCCCCCCACCCCCUUUCCUAGAGACCCCGACGACCGCAAAAUCGGGCCGGCAGCGGGACGCCGAGCCGGACCUCGCCGACCCCGGGCCGACCAGAUCCAAGGACCGGCCGCUGCUCCGACCGCGACCCGAGCGCAUCGCUUGGCCAUCGACCCGCUGCUCCUCCGCCUUCUCGGUUCAGCGGACCGACCGUCCCCGUUCCCUCUCCUCCCCGGCCCCCCUAAAUCUGGGCUGCAUCUCCCUCGCCCUCAUUAUGCCGGGCUCCAAGGGCCGGCCUGCUCUCCACCUCUGCUAGGCAUAGGCAGCAUGGAUGGCAGACCCGCGAAGCCCUCUGCUGAUUCCACCAGUCCGCUGCGGAUCGGCAUGCUGAGUAAUUCUGCUCUAAAUGGGCGAGGACACGGACACACGAAAAAUUAACCACGGCUUCCUCCGAGACCACAACUAUGUGACUGAAGCGGACAUCAUUUCCACCGUCGAGUUCAACCACACGGGAGAACUGCUGGCGACCGGAGACAAGGGAGGCCGGGUCGUCAUCUUCCAAAGGGAGCCCGAGAGUAAAAAUGAGCCUUAUAGCCAGGGUGAGUAUAAUGUCUACAGCACUUUCCAGAGCCAUGAACCUGAAUUUGAUUAUUUGAAGAGUUUGGAGAUAGAAGAAAAAAUAAACAAGAUCAAAUGGCUCCCCCAGCAAAAUGCCGCUCAUUCCCUCCUGUCCACAAAUGAUAAAACGAUCAAAUUAUGGAAGGUUACCGAACGAGAUAAGAGGCCUGAGGGAUAUAACUUGAAAGAUGAAGAAGGAAAGCUGAAAGAUCUUUCUACAGUAACGUCACUACAGGUGCCUGUGCUAAAGCCCAUGGAUUUGAUGGUCGAAGUAAGCCCGCGGAGAAUCUUCGCUAACGGUCAUACCUAUCACAUCAACUCCAUUUCUGUCAACAGCGACUGUGAGACAUACAUGUCAGCUGAUGACCUCAGGAUUAACCUCUGGCAUUUAGCAAUCACGGAUAGGAGUUUUAACAUUGUAGAUAUCAAGCCAGCCAACAUGGAGGACCUGACAGAAGUGAUCACCUCAUCGGAGUUCCACCCCCAUCACUGUAACCUCUUCGUCUACAGCAGCAGCAAAGGCUCCCUGAGACUGUGCGACAUGAGGGCCUCCGCCUUGUGUGACAAACAUUCGAAGCUAUUUGAGGAGCCAGAAGACCCCAGUAACAGAUCCUUCUUCUCGGAAAUCAUCUCCUCCGUGUCGGACGUCAAGUUCAGUCACAGUGGCCGCUACAUGCUCACCAGGGAUUACCUCACCGUCAAAGUCUGGGAUCUCAACAUGGAGACGAAGCCGAUAGAAACCUACCAGGUCCACGAUUACCUUAGAAGCAAGCUGUGUUCCUUGUAUGAAAAUGAUUGCAUUUUUGACAAGUUUGAAUGUGCGUGGAAUGGAUCUGACAGCGUCAUCAUGACGGGGGCUUACAACAACUUUUUCCGCAUGUUCGACCGGAACACCAAGCGAGACGUGACCCUGGAGGCCUCGCGGGAGAGCAGCAAGCCGCGGGCCGUCCUCAAACCCCGCCGCGUCUGCCCCGGCGGGAAGCGUCGCAAGGACGACAUCAGCGUCGACAGUUUGGAUUUUACCAAGAAAAUCCUCCACACGGCCUGGCACCCCGCCGAGAACAUCAUCGCCAUAGCGGCCACAAACAAUCUGUACAUAUUUCAGGAUAAAGUGAACUCAGAAAUGCACUAAGUGUAUCUGUAUUUAUAAACCAGCCUUUGGGCGAGUUGUACGAGAUGAUCUUCUCUCCCUCCCCCCCAACCGUCCCUCCCCAAAAAGCCUUCUCCGUGACCCACAGUUUCCCUCAGCCGGAAUCUCUAUUGGCGGUAACCAACUGUCGGAAUCAAAUCACACGCGGAAAAGCUCACGGCAACCGAAGAGCCAAAGGCCCUGUUCCAAAUUGAAAUAUCUGUCGCUUUUUCCAAGAUCUGGCUUUCCAAGAUGUCUGGCAUUCACUAAGCUUCUCGCUUUUCUUGGUCUGCGGCACUGACCACUUUAGUUAGAGCGUUUGACCUCUCAGUUGUUAAUCUGUCGCUGUAACUUUUCCUGCUAGUUCAAUCUCCACCCAGAUUUCCAUUGGGGGGAAGGAGAAAAGAUUUCUUUCAUACUACGGUGGGUAUGGUAUGCGUCUCGAAGGACGAUUAAUGAGCUUAGUGGUGACUCAAAAAUCACUUUCCUGGUCAGGUAUCGGACAGUUUCCUUUAUUCCAGAGUUCUGUUCUCUUGACGUUGAAGCGGAUCUCCCAACGCUUUUGCCUUGGGGCGGAGGAGGGCACUUUUAGUUUAAUCUCCAUCGAAAAUCCCAAAUUUGUUUGGAGUUUUAGAGAUAAAAAUGGAAAUGACGUGCCAUGCAACGGAUGUCCUUAGCUGUCAAACGUUAGAGGCAUUUGCUCCUGGAUGAAAAUUCUCUCAUACA